GGCGGUGUCUGUUUCGCGGAGGUUCGCAAGGAUUCUGUGCCGUCGACAAUGACUCGAGCCGGCUAGUGAUUUUUUCCGUGAAACUGGUGCGAAUUUUACCGAUUGGUAACUGGUUCUGUAAGUUUCAAGUGCAAGAGUUCGUAAACAGCUAAGGGUGGAUAGUUUUAACGUGAAAAACGAGUGAUUUAAGGCUGAAAACACGACACAAAUGUGUGAUGCGGCAAAUGCAAUCUAUCGUUCGUGUGGAAAACCAGAAAACCGCUGAAGUAGUAAACGUGAAAAGACAUCACUGCCGAAAGGAUUACUUAUGUUUUUCUCAACUUCUAUUAUCUUUCUUCCGCAUGAAAAUGUGAGCAUUGUUAGAGUUUUAAGCACGCCUACAAACGCAAAUUGCAAAAACAAAAACAGUUCUAAACUGGUGUAAAUUCAAGUGACAAUUCCCUACAUUAAAUCAUGCCGAACAACACCCAACUCCAGCUGCUGCUGAUGGACGAUACCAUCAACGAGGACGACGAACAAUUGCAGCAGGAACUGCACGACAAUGCGUAUGCAGAGAUUAUGUCCGCCAUCUUGGCUACAUCCCGGCGGGCGGCGGAAAUGAACCGGUGCAACCAACUGAAUACGCUCAAUACAAACAAAACGUUGGAUUGCAAGUUCGAUCGGUUGAUUUCGGAGGUUGGCGAUCUGAAGGAUGCCAUCGAGGAGAAGAUCGAUACGAUCAACCGGAAGAUUAAGCAAACCAACCGGCUGUUCCAGACUAGCCAGGAUUACGAGAAACGUGCCGGGAAAGCUUGCGAACUGGUGCUGAUGGGUAUCCCGUAUCGACGGGGAGAAAAUUUACGGGAGUACUUUGUGAAGAUCAGUAGAGUGUUGGGUUUUCCGGAGCAGGAUAUCCCACUGGUGUACAUUCGGCGGCUAUUGGGGGGUGGUUCCGCCGGUAGUGAAGUUAAAAUGAAAAUUCCUCGUUACAGUCCGUCGAUUAUGGACAACUUGAAGAGCCGAGCCAACGCGAAAUUCGGCCAGAACCAACGGACGCCGAAUGAGUCGAUUAUUGUGGUGCAGUUUGUGUUCCGGAAUGCCCGGCAGGAAUUCUUCCGACGAUAUUUGGACCACAAGGCGCUCACUUUGCGUGACAUUGGACUGGACAGUGGUUCGAGGAUAUUCGUGAACGAAAACUUGACCCGCGCCAAUCUCGGUCUGAAAGCGGAAGCGAUGAAGAUGAAACGCGAAGGAAAACUCAAGAAUGUUUUCACCGUAAAUGGACAGAUCUAUGUGAAGCGUUCGAACGAGCACAAGUCGGAGUUGGUGACCAGUACCGUGGACCUGCUGCUGAUGGAUGAGCACAAGAUGAAAAGCAAUAAAGAAAACUAUCCCCGUGUACUGGAGCACAUCAUACAUACGCAACCAUACGUGUUGAGCCGAGACUACAAGGAGAUCUUGAGCACCCUAGAUAUCGUAUCCAGUGAUUCAGAGAUCUCAGUGCGGUCCAAUUUAUCAUCAUGGUUGCAGCGUCUGUGCGUAAGCUGCCUCGACCGGGAACAGAGCGUGAACAGCGAAUUCGGUCGGUGCGUGUUGGAAAAAGUUCUCAGCAUCACGAUCCGCUACCUUACGGAUGAUCCGGGAGUUCGCUGCGGUGCCUUCGAGACACUCAGCUAUCUGAUCGAGAAGGGCUUCCUGGACAAGGCCACGACGGAGGAAACCGUCUGUCCGGUGGUGGAAAAGCUUAGCCGCAAACCACUGGACACAUUCGACGAGGAACUGUACGCAAUCUUCAUACAUUUGAUGGUGAAGAUAGUGCCGAUCGUUGGCUACGCCAAAACGUACGAUCUGGUGUACGAUCGGUUCGUCGAGAUGUGCCGCUGCAAGGAACACUUCGUCCGGCGGGAAUGUGCCACCGCGUUUCCGGUAAUGUGCGAGGUGCUCGGCGAUGAUCUGUUCGAGAAGAGCCUGCUGCCAAUCUUCAUGAAACUGUGCGACGACGAGAUCUGGACCGUGCGGAAAGCCUGCGCCGAGGUGCUGCCCAUCGUUGCGUUACUCUGUACGCUGGAAAAGCGACGGAAGGUGCUGGUUCCGGCCAUGAAGAAGUUCAUGUUCGAUCCCAGCCAGUGGGUGAUCAUGGCAGCACUGAAGAAUCUGGGACAGUUUCUGACCACUUUCGCCCAGCUACGUGUGCUCGGGCUGGCCUACAACAGUAACCUGGAACUGAUGGUCACGAAUGCUGCCGACCAGCAGUCCUUCAACCAGCUGGACAUGCGGCGCGUCACCUAUGGCAAUCAACCGACGGCGGAUGUGCUGGUGAAAAACUUUGAAAGCUACGAAAAACGUUUCCGCGAUUCGAUCCACCGGUAUGCCUUGCUUUCCUUGGUAAAAUCCAACGAAGAACCCUGGAAGGCCCGCGGAGACGAAAUGAUCAACGUUGAGGUGUAUCUGUACUCGAUCGUGUACGCCGAUCGGAGAUCCCAACGACUGUCGACCGGUUCGAACUCAGACGACGGAGGUAUUUCGAAAAUUUCCGACUUUUCCUACAAGUACUACGUCAGGAAGUCACUGUCGUCGAGUUCCCUGUGUGCACCGCCACCGGUUCAGUUGCAUCGAGGUGGUAGAAAUUAUGACGAAAAGAAUCCCCUGAACCGUUUCUUGCGUUACUGUUGGCCACUGAAGAACAACUUUACGGAUGCAUUCGCAAAACAAGGAAGCAGCGGCACUGGCCGCGGAAGUGAGUCUGACGACUAUCAUGGCGGCUGGGGUCCGGACGAUGAUGACUACUCCAUGUUGGCUAUUAGAAUGAAGAUGAAUGAACUGGAUGCACUGGGUGCGGGUGUAGACUGUGGAGGAGGUACUACCGCUCAUGGUGACACCACCAGUAGCACCAGUAAUAGCGGUAAUGAUAACCAACUAGUGCCUGAAUGUGAAGGAACAAAGAAAUCGUCGUCCGAUCAGAGCUCACGAUUCGAGGAACCACCCUCGGAUGACGAGUCGGUCGAUCAGAGUUUUAACUCGCACCAAUUUUGGUACAUUAGUCCCGAACUGCCACUUGAUCUCGACUUUAUCGAUGAUGACACGACCGGUGAUAGCGUGAAAAAAUCCGAUAUAAGCAAUAAUAAUGCCGUUAGAGCUUCCACACCAAUGAUUUCUACCCCAGUGCCCAUCGCACGGACAGAACUAGAGUACCAGGAGGACAACAAGAACAACAAUUCCAAACUAGCAUCGGAAACUGCUGCAACAUCGGCGGCGGCGACGGCGGUUCCGGCAGCUGCAGCAGUUGGGGUCACAGUUACACAGGAAACCGAUCCCGCUAAUGAUAGCGAUUCGUCCUACGGUAGUAUUAAUAACAAUUCGGAAGCAGAUAAACUGGAUACCGAUGUGGAGCGCUACUGUUCCGAUCUCCAGCAACAGCAAAAGCACCCGCCAGCGGUCGGCGGUGUCGGUUAUCAUCAGCAAAUGGAAGCUGUAACCGUAGGAGUGGGAGCACUUGCCAUCGGUAAGGAAGGUGAACGCCUGAAAGACAUCAUCAAAUGGCAGAACGAAGAAGUUGAAUGGAAUCUACUGGAAGAUUUCGUUCACAUGAAAAACAUCAACAAGGAACUGUGCUUCGAAUGUGCUUUCAAUUUCCCGGCAAUUGUGUUGACCUUUGGAGAAAAAUUCUGGCCUAUCUUAAGCAGUCACUUCUUUGCCCUGUGCAAUGACAUCCAGAACACAGUUCGUCGGACGAUGGCCGCUUCGAUCAGCAAGGUUGCACUGAUCAUCGGACGUGAACAAGCCACGCGAGAUUUGGUGGCCCCGUACACCGAGUUUCUGAUGGAUUCGGAUGAAAUCAAAAUCGAAGUGGUGAACACGUUGGCAGAAUUCCUCAAUGUUAUCGACGGCAGCGAACACGAAACGCUGAUGGACCAGCUCAGUUUGUGUUUGCAACAGCCACUGAAUCUGAUGAACUGGCGGUUCCGGGAAGCAAUUGCCCGGCAGAUUGUGCAGCUCGUUAGGAUGCACCACAAGAUUCGGAAGGAGAACUGCCUGCUGUACCUGACCGGAUUGGCGAUGCGACUAAUGAUCGAUAAGUAUGAUUUUGUACGGAAAGCUGGAGUUGAUGCGUUUGUUGAAUGUGCCCAAGAGUUCCAGAAGAAUGGUUCCGUGUUUAAGUUCUUCACAGAAAAUUUUGCUCACAGUACCAAUUGGCGUCGUCGGCAAACCUACAUAAUUACUGCAGGAAAGAUGCUGGAAACUGGCAGCGUAGAAGUUGAAACGUUCCGUAAACAUGUGCUUCACAACAUUCUGGGACUUGUGGGUGAUGCCGUGCCUAACGUGAGAAUUCAACUAGGAAAGUUCCUUAAAGAUAUAGUUCUUCCACACGCAAGCUUUUCCUCCGCCUCACCAGACACGAAUGCCAUCGAACAGGCUCUCACUAAACUGCGCUCCGACCCGGAUCGGGAUGUGCGCGGUCACACCGAUGGCUACCAGAGUCCGGAAGAUGAAUCGAUUGCUGUCGGUGCGCCGGAAAUGACUGCCACUGGAUCAACCAUAGAUUCCGGCUCGAGCUCCUCUACUUCAUCCACCUCAUCAUUGUCGUCGCCUCCACCACCACCACAUCCCGUUUCCAGUUUGAUGGAAGAUAUAGAAGAUGCAAGGGAACAGCAGCAUCAACAGCAGCAGCAUCAACAACAACAACAGCAGUCUGGUUUUCCAAUUUUGAGCAAUGACACGUGGUACUUCGAUACAAACCAGCAGCAAGAGUAUGAGUUUUGAAAGAUAGCAUCGCUUCUAAAUCGUUAUUUCUAAACAACAACUCUUGCGAGAGAGCAAAUCAAUCAUCCACCAGAAAUAGUUUUCUAGUUUUCAUGCUGAUGCGUUCCGCAAUGUUUCCAUCCGAUUUUCGAUUGAGAUUUAAUUGUUAAUAGUUCGGCUGAAUUGUAGUAAUACUGAUUAGCUAAAUAUCUUUUAACUAGAAUCAGACUGUUUGAACAGACAUGUUUUUAAAAUUGUGUAUUAGCUCAGACACUGUCAGAAAGUACAAUUUUGAGAUUUGAAGACGUAGCAAUGGACAAAUAAACAAAGGAUUCAAUGUUAGUUUACAGCACUACAACACUAUCGAUUCAAAUCUAGACUGUAUUUCUUAUAAUCCAAAAAAAAGCACGUGCAUCCGACGCACUCGUCGAAAAGAGACAGCAGUAGGAAAAUGGCAAAUUACUGAUAAAUCGGUUCACAAAUAUUAGUUUAUUGCGUUAUUAUAUAAUUAAAAUAUCAAGUAGUAAAUAGAAAUAUGUCCACACAAGAAGUAAUGCGAUGCAAUUAAAAAGACUUUACCUAGGCAAAGUGUGAAAGUGAAAGAUAAACAAAUAUAUUGUAGUUUAAUUGA